AUGUCUCGUGAAACAAGAUCCGCUACAAAUCAACCAUUUGAUGACGGAAAGAACGUUAGUAACUCUGCCCUUCGUCGAGGUCCUAGGAGAAGUAGAUCGCACAGUGUCACAUUUUCUCUUAGCUCUGAUAAUUCUAAUCAACCGUUGAAGCGAGCUGAAUUAAAAUCGAAUGACUCCUCCACAACAUCAAGUCGACAAACAAGAUCAGAGAGUAUCGCAGAUAUUCCAGAAGAACUAAUAAAUAAAGACACGUUACCACAACAAUCAACAACAAGUCGUAUGCGGUCAAAAAGCUACUCUAAUAUAAAUGAUUGGGUUUCAAAUCCAAGAAAGAGAGCACAAUCGAUAUCAGAAUCUAAAAGUCUGACAGUCUUGCCUAUACUCGAUGUUGUUAAAACGGCUCAGCCUUCAAGUCCAACUAUUGAGUUGGUAAAAGGGCUAGACUCGGAAAUUUUAGAUAUAAUUGCAAAGGAGCGUUCAGCUACACCAAAACAACAAAUGCCAAAGCCUGUUUUACCUAAUAUUAAGCCGAUUAAAGAAAGCAAAAAGCCAGAACAAGAAGAAAGCAAUUACAGCCUAGUCGAAAGUAAUACCAACGUAAAAAAUACGACUAAAGAUGAAGAAUUGAAAGAAAAGAAAGUCGUAAUGCUUAAUAACCCAGAAGGAAAACAUAUACUUCAAAGACGACAUAGCGAAGAAUUUAAACCAUUUGAUGACGAUAAUGCUUCUAAAACAGAGAUUAACGUUACUACAAGGAAUGCUGUUAGUGCAGAUGGCACUAAACGUAAAACUUUAUCUUCACAACAGCAUCGACGCUUUCGACACGGAGAUAUUCGCAAGCCUGUAGUUAGUUUUAAACCUCAAACGUUCAAAAUUAAAAGAGAACACGGAAUAGUCAAUGCAACAUAUAAUGAGGAUAGGACUAAAAGAACGAUUGAAAUUCAAACUGACUGGAGCUGGAUGGAAGAUUGGAAAUUGCAUAAUUUAGUCAAAGGAGGCAAUGCCCUUUCUGAUAACGAAGAUUCUGGAAGCAACCAAUCUCCAGAAUCUCGCCAAGCAAUGCAGCAUCGGUCACUAGCUGAAGAAGCACUAGCCAAUGUUAAAGUAGUUGAUGAAAAUUAUGCAGAAAGUGGCACAAUACCGGAGGAAGCAUUUAGUAGGCACAAUACCCCAUCAAGUACAAUUUCAUCCCAAAAAAUAGAUUCUACAUCUGAAAUUUCUGAUGCUUUCGGUGUCCUGACUAUGGAAUUUAGCUCAGAUUCGUCCGAUGAAGAUGACAACGACAAUUAUAUAGAUAACGAGCAAGAUGCAAUUGCUGCAGUAGGACCACCAUCUAUAUUAAAGUAUAAUCGAGAAUCGGAAGCGGUAACUCUAAGAGUCGACGCCCAAACUCCGAUGACGUCUCAAUCAGUAGCUAGCUUUCAUAGUUCUAUUGGUGAUGCACAAGGUGAUGGAAUUUGUGAUUAUUGUGGAUUAGCUAUUAUUAAAGAAUUUCCAACUAUAGAAGAAAUUGAAACAACGCCAGCAGAAAAGCUAUUUUGCUGCCCAGAUUACCACCAAUUCGUUCUAUACUUACACGAACUUAGUGAAAGUAAAGGUGCUCGUAGUAAACGAAAUGAAAUUCCAGAUGCAGAUGCUGAUCAAGCUGAUAGCGAUAUAAGUGACGUAGAAGGUGAUGCGCUGAUUAAUGUUUCCCCUCAUGCACCAUUUAAGAAUCGGCAGGCUCGUCGAGAAGCGAAAGAAAGAGCACAAGAAAAAAUGAGAGAACGUGAAAGAGAACGCCAGUUAGCUAAUACAAUUAGUAACCUGAAUUACUAUGCAUUUGCUCGACAAAUUAAAACAAUCAAUUAUACCCUAUCUUCAAAUCGUUGCUUAGAAGAAGGAUGGACAGUUAUACCUUCUCCUUUACCUGAAGACGAAAUAGAUCCUGACGAGGACGACGAAAAAUUGUCAUUUAUGACAGAAUUGCCGUCUAAUUUAGCUUUUCUUCAACAAAAGGCAAAAGGAAAUCAAUUACCUAUUCAAAAAUUUUAUGAGAAUGGUAGUUUGUUCUUAAUUCUACUUCCUGAUGGCACGGGAUCCGUAUUGUAUCUUUAUAAUUCAUGUAAUGUAGCUAUAGGUAUUAGUGCCCAUGGUAAUGGAUUGAGUUAUGUUGUACUCGAGGAUGCUCCCUUAUCUGAGAGUCAAAAAAUAUUAGCCCUAUUUAAUCCGUCCGGCCAUAGUUGUAUCUAUCAUAGUAAUAACAGAAUUAGAUUAUUGAUUUAUCCGACCGGCGGAGAAGUUGCGGAUUCUAAUGGUACGCGUAAAAAGAAAUGGAAUUGGGAUCUUGAUUCACACCUGGAUAAAAAUAAUGCUCAUAUUCAUGCGCCACCAUUUCAACCAAUUUGUUUUGCAAUCACCAAAGAAGUUGCACUUCGUUGCAAAUGGCAGGAUAAAGUCUAUCUGUCCUUCAGUGCUCAAGCAAGAAGCUGUAAAUUUAACGUAGGCGUUAAACUUAAGUUGAUUCACCCUCAACAAACACCGGAGUUAUCCAAAGCUCAGAAGAUGGAAUUAGAGAAUGAAGAAUUUUUAAAUAAUGCUAAAAAGCGCAUCAGGAAAUUGCUAAAUAAAACCCAAACUACCCUACGCUAUCCCAAGUCGCCACGACUAGAACAGUUAGCACCACCUCGCUACCUUGAAAGUGAUAAGCAAAAGCACAGGCCAAAGCAUCGCUUACAAGUACCUAAAAGUACUCCAAAUGGACGCUUAAAUGAGGAUGAUAAUGCAUCGGUGAAAUCACCCAUUUCAGUUGGGAAUUGA